UGUUGUCAGCAGUCUGUGGUUGUGAGGUGACAGAGGUAGGAGGGUACGAUCGGCGCAGAUUUGAAACCUAUCAGAGCCUGUAAUGCAUUAACGCACAGCUCCAGCCUCUGUUUUGGAAUCGAUAAGUGACAGCGAAAAGGGAAUCAAUGAAAACAUCGCUGAUGACUCGGAGAUGGGACUAACACGUUUGUUGUUGUGGGCAGUGCUGCACAUCGCCAUGAAGAAACCAGCUUCAUGUUACCGAUUCCCUGCUUUGAAUUCGUUGCAACCCGCAGCUCGGUCCGAUUAAGUUGAGAACAGGCUGAAGGGGGCUGACCUGCUGUGACUGACAGUCCUGCUAUUUCCAUUUGAUGAUAUGAGAGGCUCCAGGAGAUGCUGAUGGAGCUCCAGGAAUUGGGGUGGCUGUGCCUGGUGGCUCUCUUCCUCGCCUCCUUACUCAUCGUGCUGGCAUGGCUCUUCCAGUACUCCCUGACUGUCCUGCGGCUUUGGAGAGCCAAGAAGACAGCCACGCAGCACAGGAAAGAAACAGCCUGGCAGCACUUUUUCCCCACACAGACACAGCAGAAGCAGUCAGGAGGUGUGUGGGGCUUCCUCAUGAACCUGCGCUCUGGCCGGGAUGGACGAUCUGCAUCUGAGGCUGGAGUUAAAGGCUUGUUGACCUCUCUGUUCUCCUUCAAGUCCUUCAGAGAGCACUGGCAGAGAACUUGGGUCAAAGCCCUGAAUGAACAAGCCUGCAGACAGGGGAGCUCCAUCCAGAUCAUUUUUGACAACAGUCUCCAGUUAAACAUUUCCUCUGCCAUAGAUAGUGUGACCUGCACUGACCAAUCAGCACAUCGUAUGAUUUUACACUGUAAGUGUCAGGUGGACACAGUGACAUUUCCCGUGAAUGUCACCCAGCAGUCGCCAGCUACUGUUUCUAUGGACACCUAUCAGAUCACUAUAGCACCUAUGGUGGCAAAGGUGGUGGUGUGUCUGGAGGAAGUGGAAGACGAGGGACUGCUGAUGUCCUGGACUCUUUUGAGGCAGCCAUCCUUUACUCUGAAUGUGUCUCCAUGCAAAGUGCAGAGACAGAGCACUGAGGGUGAGGCAGACCUCGACAUGAUAAAGGGACUGAUCGAGGACACCUUGUUCAGCACUCAACCAGCCAUGGUCCUCAACCUCAAGACCUGUGUGUCAAGUUCUUCGAGCUCCAUGGACCAUUUAUCAUUGGGAUUGAACUCAGUAUCCCAGAGUGUCCUAGUGCGGCGACUCAUGCUUCGGCAGCUCAGGGUGACCUUAAGUAAAGGUCAGUGGUCUAGAUCAGGAGAGAUCUGCUGUGUCCUCAGCCUGGAUCAACCAUCCACAGAGAGAACAACUCACUUCCUAUCUUUGCCCACUAAUCCAAACACCUCACUGGAGUGGAGUGAAGAAAUCACACUGGAGCUGGGCCCAGAAUCCAAAGAGCUGAGAAUAAGACUUCUGGAGCGAAAUGGGAAAAGGGAACAAUUCCUGCCUGGACACGCCUCCAUAGCCUUGGACCUCCAGAGCAAAGUUCCUACAGGUCAGCAUACACUGUCAAUAAGCCCUGGCUACGGCUUGGCUCCAAACGCCACGGUCACUGCAGAGCUGCUUUAUGUGGAAACAGAAGAGCCUCGCAGUCACAAUGCUUUGCCGCUUCGCUCCUCACUCACCCCUACUAAAAAAGUUGACGUGGACCGAACCAUAAUGCCAGACGGAACCAUUGUGACCACUGUCACCACCAUCCAGUCUCGACUCAAACUGGACCACAGUCCUGGUGAAUCUCCUAUGCGGUCUCCGUCCAAAGUAGAGGUGACAGAGAAGAAACCCACCAUUCUGUCUGAUGGCAGAGGCAACAUAAGCCCAAAUCCCAGCAAAGGCAGUCGUCUCUCUAAUGGCCUGGACCCUGUAGCUGAUACUGCCAUUCGACAACUGACAGAGUCCGCCUCCAAAGCAGCACGCAAGACACCCACAAAAAGGAGUACACUGAUCAUCUCAGGCGUGUCAAAGGUUCCACUCUCAGAAGAUGACUGUGCAUUAUCGAGUGGUUACGCCGCAGCUAUGGAUGCAGCCAUGCAUGGCAACCAUUAUGGUGCAGGGCAUCACCAGGACGCUGAUGAGACCACACCAUCAGAUGUGUCAGAGCGUCCAUCUGUGGACGAUGUGGAAUCAGACACGGGCUCCACCGGUGCCUUGGAAACACGAAGCCUCAAGGACCAUAAAGUGGGUUUUCUUCAGAGUGGAACAAAGCUGCUAUUCCGCAGAAAACACAGAGAGAAGGAGUCCUGCUUCAGCCAGUCCCAUGAAGACAUCUCAAACAUGGGCAAUAACUUUGUUGCUGUUGCAGCCAGCAGCCGUAAGAAGUCUGGCAGCUUCUCCCGGCGUCUCAUCAAACGCUUCUCUUUCCGUUCAUCUGGCAAAUCAAAAGGCAAAACCUCUGCUGCCAAUGGAGGAGCGAGUUCAUUGGAUAACUGACUAUCAUGUCUAGGGUGGGACAUGGGUCACCAUGACCUUCAGAGUCAUUGUAAAGUUUCUGUUAUGGGUGGCAGAGGAACAACUAAGCCUUCAUAAGAAUCCAUACUGUGGCAGAACAGACACCCCCGGAGGGUUGUCACCUGUACAUCUUGAAAGGAAGAUACCUCUGAGAGGACUUUCCUCUGUAGACAAUUUAUUGCAUCUUCAGGGCAGAAGUCAUGCUUCAUUCAUGUGUUUAUAAAAACUAUUUCUAUCAAGGAGAAGUUUGCUGCUUGGUGAGAACAAGGGAAUAAAUACAAAGAAACUCUUUGGGCCCUGUUUAAACACUAUGGUGGAUGUUGAUUAUGAUCAAUCAUGAAAACACUCUGAAACUGUUUAAUAAUAUAAAAUGCCAGUAUGAUACUGUUUAUUGCACUUUCUGGUUUUGCUUUGUUUGUUUGGUUUUUUUUUUUUUUUUACAGAAGAUGUAAAAUUCUUAAGUUGUAUGAUAAUAAUUUAUUAUUAUGUGGUACUUUGUAAGUGCUAUUUCUUUUGCCCUCGAAAUGAGUCAUCACUGCUGCAUUACACUGUAAAAUAAGAGACAUUGCUGAGUGUAUUUCCUUGCAGAGCCAUUUUAAAUAGCUUGUUUAAGUAAGUUAAAACAUCAUUUUAAUCUAGUAAUGUCAGUACAUAACUGCUUGUACGUACAUUGGUUUUAGACUGUUGUUCAAUGUUGUAUCUAAAACAAAAACAAAUUAUAUAUUUAUUGUUUUAGACCAUAGAAUUCAUUUCAGUUUGUUUCUUCUUACUUAAUUCAACCAUGUUUUCCUAACGAGUAAAAAUAAUUAUCCUUUUUUUUAAUGCAGAAAAGGCUGAAUUUAUAGAUCUAUAAACUUUAAAGAAAAACAGUGAAUUCAUACUUUACAAUAUCUUAAAUUAACAGAUGUUCUCCUCUGGUUCCAAAAUACUUAAAAGAUCUAAACACACUAUGAGACACUUCACUUCAUCCUUGCAAUAACUGUUCAUUACUGUUGAGCAAUAUCGUGAUUUCAUGUGAAAUUCACUGUAUGGGUUGCAGACAAAGUCACAAGCAGCAAAUGCUGGUAUGUUGUUAAAUUAUAAAUGGAACUAGACUAAAACAAAAACAACCCUUUUGUUUAGGAGAAUAAUGAUUCGGGUUUUUCAGCUGUGUCAAACCUCAGGCAAGUCACGGUAUUGUCCAGAUCGGAGAAACUGAAAUGAUUAAAGAUGGUCUGCAGUGGAAAUGAAAACAUUUCUCUUUAAAGUUUAUUUAAAGGUGGUUUAUAUCACUGUCAGUUUAAGCAAUUGUUAGAGUCUAUAAGGUAGAGUACAUAUUUUCAUCCUUUUGACCAGAUUGAUUCACACUAAAGAGUGGAUGCAUCCUCAAACUGCAAAAAUAAUCAAAAAAUAUAUAUAUAGUUACAUUGGCAUUUGUGUUUUUAUAGACAGCAUUUAGAAUAAUUAAAGUUAUUGUCUUAAUGAUAGUAUGUCGGAAAAAAAAAAAAAAAAAAAAACCAAAAAACAACCAAACAAGCAAAAUAAACCUUCUCUCAGGUUUAUUUUGCUUCACUGAAGUUCAAGUUAUUUGAAGAGAUUACAAUGAUGGAACCAUCAGUACUAACUUUGAAGAACAUGCAAUAUGUGCUUUACAAAAUAAAUCCAAUCAGAUAAUGAAGAAAUGAACAAAGGCACUGCACUGUCUAAAUGCACAUACUAUAUGGCUUUGAAUGUGAAACAGAACAUGGCUGCAAAAUGAAGAUGUGGAUUUAUGUUGUUAAAAUGUUUAAUUUAUUACAAAUAAAUUAUUUUUGAAACCUCA